GCGAGAGCUUGCGUAACCACGUCCAGGAAGUGCUCGUUUAAUGUCCUUUCAAAUGCCAAACAGCGUCCAUGGCGGGACAGUUGAAGAAACGCCUCAAAGAUGCAGUGAAGGUCCUCGGCUCAGGCAGCCUUUUGUUUGCCUCUUACCUCACUGCGGUCGGAGACGAGCGUUUCUACGCCAACCAGCUGAUGCCUCUGCUGCAGAGGAUCGUGGGGCCAGAAACGGCCCAUGUGUUGGCAGUGAGGGCGAUAGGCAUGGGUCUGGUUCCUCUGAACCGCUACCGGGACCCCGCGUCAUUGGAAGUGAACGUACURGGGUUGAAGUUCAGAAACCCCAUUGGGAUCGCAGCGGGCUUCGACAAGCACGGCGAGGCCGUAGAUGGUUUGUACAAACUGGGUUUCGGCUUUGUUGAAGUCGGCACAAUAACACCAAAACCUCAGGAGGGAAACCCAAAACCACGUGUGUUUCGACUCGCUGCAGAUCAGGCUGUAAUUAACAGAUAUGGAUUCAACAGCUGUGGUUUGGCAGAAGUACAAACGAGGCUAAAGGCCAGGAAAGAAACACAACAAGAACACAGUAAAACUGGCCUUCCCCUGGGCAUCAACCUGGGUAAGAACAAGCUUUCCCAGGAUGCAGCAUCAGAUUAUUUAGAGGGGGUGAGGGCUCUGGGCCAGCUGGCUGACUACCUGGUGGUCAACGUCAGCAGUCCCAAUACGCCAGGUCUCCGAAAUCUGCAGGGGAAGGCCGAGCUUCGCCAGCUCUUACGCACGGUGUUGAAGGAACGRGAUGCCCUGCAGGAAAAUCACAGACCCCCGGUUCUGGUGAAGAUUGCCCCAGACCUCACGGACCAGGACAAACGAGACAUUGCAGAUGUUGUCUCUGAGUUAGGGGUGGAUGGUUUAAUGGUGACCAACACCACCGUGUCCAGGCCAGAAACACUUCAAGACCCUCAAAGGUCUGAAGCUGGGGGGCUAAGUGGUCAACCCCUGAAAGACCUCUCAACUAAGACAGUCAGAGAAAUGUACAGCCUCACCAAAGGUAAAGUGCCAAUUGUUGGGAUCGGAGGUGUGGCGAGUGGACAGGAUGCGAUGGAUAAGAUCCGUGCCGGCGCUUCGUUGGUGCAGCUCUACACAGCUCUGACCUAUCAGGGCCCACCUGUCGUGACGAAGGUCAAAAGAGAACUGGAGCAACUCUUAAAAGAUCAAGGGUUCAGCUGCGUGUCGGAGGCAGUCGGAGCCGAUCACCGAGACACAGAUAAGAAGUGUUGACAGAACCUGCAGCUGACAUCUCAUGCAACUAAACACAACGUUUCUGUGAAUAUCGCUUUCAUCCUGAUGUUUAAUGUAGCUUUGUUUAAUAAUUCACAUUUACAUAAAAAGCUGUAAUGAUGGAUCUUUUGUAUGCAGCAUGAAGCAGCUGACGCCAGAGUUGGUUUCAGCUGGUUGAGUUUUGUUACAGUGUAACAGCAGUUAGUGUUUCUAUAUAAAUAAACCCAAACACUGUGGAAUGAGAAGAUA